CAGUAAUGGCCCUGGGGAUCUCCUGGAUUGGGUUUUACACAGGUCUGCUGUUCUCCUUGCUGGAACUCUGGUUUAUUGAAGGACUCAGCUUAGAGCCCAUAUACUGGAACACCUCGAACAAAAAGUUCCAAAAUGAGGGGGGCUACAUUUUGUACCCUCAAAUCGGCGACCGCCUGGACCUCAUCUGCCCCCGUUCAGUGCCACUGGGCCCCUUCUCCACCGAGGACUAUGAAUAUUACAAGCUAUACCUGGUCCAGACAGAGCAGGCCGAGCGCUGCGAGAUCCUUCGUACCCCCAACCUGCUGCUGACCUGUGACCGGCCUGAACAUGACAUGCGCUUCACAAUCAAGUUCCAGGAGUACAGCCCCAACCUCUGGGGCCAUGAGUUCAAGACCAACCAGGAUUAUUACAUCAUCACAACUUCAGAUGGUACCAAGGAAGGGCUUGAGAACAUGAAAGGGGGUGCCUGCCUUUCCAAAGGCAUGAAAGUCGUCUUGAAAGUCGGGCAGCAUCCCAACACGGGCUCCAAAACUCAGAAGUCGGUUCCAGACGCGCCUGCUGACAAAGAGCGAGGGACGUCGGGGGCCGCUGAGCCCAACAAGGAGGUGAACCCAGGACCCCCAGCUGGGAACACCACUGGGAAAGUGGGGGGAGAGAACGGUCCCCUUCCGCAGUCCAACGUGCCCAUCAUCGCGGGGGCCGCCGGGGGAGCUGCCUUUGUCCUGCUGGUGGCCGCCGCUGUGACAGGCGCCCUCUGCUACCGCCGGCAGCGGGCCAAGCACAGCGAAUCCCACCACCCGCCUUUGUCACUCAGCACUCUGACCAGCCCCAAGCGAGGGGGCGGGGGCGGUGGGGGCAACAACAACGGCUCCGAGCCCAGUGACAUCAUCAUCCCGCUCAGGACUUCAGACAGCGCCUUCUGCCCCCACUACGAGAAGGUGAGCGGCGACUAUGGCCACCCGGUCUACAUUGUGCAGGAGAUGCCUCCCCAGAGCCCCGCCAACAUCUACUACAAAGUAUGAGGAGGGCCAGGCAAGCUCAGCUGCCUCUGGCUGCGUCUCCCACUCAUGUGGUGGGGAGGGGAGAACUCUGCACCGGCGGGGUGGACGGGGACCUCGCCACCCCUGCACCUCUCCUGCCCACCCUGGAUCACGCGGCACCAAUGGGGGGUGAGUGCCCUCCUCCAGCAAUCGAGGGGUUCCCAGAACUUGGACCCUCUUCUCCCAAAGAAGAAGGCAAGGACUCUCUCUCCACCCCUCUCCUCUCAGAGGCCUCCCCUUUCAGUGGAUUCUCACCUGGCUUAGGGUGAAUGGAACAAGGGAGGUUGGCCCUCUUCCGGUCGGGCACCAGUGAAGUUAACAGAGACAAGCCUCCCUCUCACCUCCCUCCACUUUCUCUGCUGGAAAAAAGGACAGAGUCCACCCCUGCCAGCCACUUCCCUCCUCCCAAGUCAGUUCAUUUCUUUGUAGAGUCCAGCACAGGUCAGGGGGACGGGACACGCUUGCAUUUCUGUCCUGGGGGGGCAUUCAUGAGCAGGUGGGCUGUGCUCCAGAGUCCCCUUUCGAUGGGUGCUCCCAUUCAACAUAGAAGAUGUGCACCCAUCAGCCAAAGCGAAUUUAGAUGGAGGUGUUUUUUGUUUUUUUUAAAAGGAAAUAUUCAUGCACAAAUUUCCUUGCAAAAAUUCAAAUUUACUUUCUUGGUUACUGUUUUUACAACAUAUCCAAGGUUUAUGCUGUUGUGGUCAGAGAUUUGCCGGUGGGGGAGGGAUGGGUGAGAAUUUCUAUUCAGUUCACAUUUCAAGCAGAAUUUAGCAAAUUUGCGCUUUCCAAAACAAUUUGAGAACCGAAAAGCAGCCAUCCUUUGAAAUUCGCAUUUAUUAGAAUUUUGGGAUGCAGUUCACCAACUAAACAACAUUUACAAAAAUGCAUUUAUUAGGGGAAAGUGUGCAUAAAAAUGAACACAAGUGAAAAUAACAUGCAAAAAGGCAUGAAAGGAUGAAAAAUGGCUUGCAAAAAUUUGUGCCUUUGUCAAAACUGCCCACAAAAAUGUGUUUAUUUGGAGAAAUUCUCACUAAAAUGGUGGAGAAUUUUCAUGAGGGUUUUUUUUUAAAAAAAAUGCAGAUCGCUGUAGAAAUGUGGAGGACUUAAUUUAACAUUGGAAAACUGAGAAAGAGAACUGGAACAGACAGAUCUUUCCAUCCCUAGUGUGGGGAAACACAAAAGUCCCAAGGCUGAAUUUAAUGUUGUCUUUUUUUUUAACCCCUCUAUCAAGACUUUCCCUCCCCUGAUAUAUCCAUCAAAACUGACACUUCAGACAUUAAAUCUGAAAAUCUGGAGAAAGUUUACACAGUUUCAGUGUCCUGCCAAGUCCAGUUUGGGCUCUGCAAAAGACACUGUAUUCCUGUCGACUUCUUCAGGCUUCAGUAAGGAGAGCAUUCAAUGGUGAUGCAAAGCCAGGGCCGCCUUCUUACCUGCCCGGCAAAAGCACACCUUCAGGGCAGCUGUUGGCUAGCCAUUUGACUUGGCCUGUCCCGCUGAGGCUGCUUGCCCCCAUUGUAGGUCCCAGUAGGGAAUGGGUCCCCAGCCUGGUGCCAUCCAAAUGUUUCGGAUGACAAUUUCCAUCAGCCCAGCCAGUAUGUAGAGUUGUAGGUCACAUCCACACCAUACAUUUAAAGCAUAUUCAACACACGUUGAAAGCACAUGGCUUCUUCCAGAGAAUCCUGGGAACUAUACCCCCGACAGAGCUACAAUUCUGCGCAUCCUUAACAAACUACAGUUCCCAGGAUUCUCUGGGGGAAAUGAUGUGCUUUCAAUGAGCAUUGAAUGGGCUUUAAAUGCAUGGUGUGGAUGUGACCACCGUUCAAAACAUCUGGAGGGCGCCAGGUUGGAGAAGGCUGCGUUGACACCUUCAUCCUCCUGCUCACAGCUUGCGUUUGAAACCCUAAGAAAAAACCACCCCAUGGUUGCAUCUUCCUUCCCCUUCUGGCCACCAUCAGACCCCCAAAUGCUAGUCCUUGACUAUUAACCCUGUCAACCCUUCCGCUGUCGCCCUUCCACGGAUCAGGGUUGGGUUGGGAUGCAAAAUGAAGGACACCAUUUUCUCUGCCAGUGUUUUGGAUCGGACGGACUCUGGUGACAGUGGAAUCCACGAACUGGACUCAACUACUUGGAAGAGGAUCACUUGUUUAUUUAUCUGCUGGCGGCCAUUUUGGUAGCCUUUUGUUGUUUAGUUGUUAGAAGAAGCGAAGUCACACAAAAUGGCCGCCCUUCCCCAUCUGAGGAGAUAAGGGGGGGCUUGCUCCAAGGGUCUUCUGGUUGUCCUAAUUUGGGAGGAGACUGAGACUGUGAUUCUCCCCCCCCCCCUGCCCAAACGGCCACCUCUGGUGGAUCUUCAGCAGCAGCAGCGUCUUCUCGUGUGCGUGAGGUUUCAUGGCGCUCCAAAAGACUUCAUGUGUUAGACGUGGGGAAUGUGGCUGAGCCUUCCUGCUUUGGCAAGGAAACGAAAAACACAAAAAAAGGAAACAAAAAAUGUGGUCUUUUUCAGCUUUAACAGAGGUUGUUGUUUUUUUUAUCUGAGAGUUUCUUAGCUUUGUCGGUGGAAUUUUACUGUUGGACAUUGUUGAUUAUAGAAGUUCUUGUGCAGCU